UCCUGGGUCAAACAAGUCAGGAGAACCCGUAUAAAACUCAGUGCAAUGAUACUCGUAUCUUAAUUACUGGUUAAGGUUGACCUUUGGACGUCCAGCAGUGAUUAAACUAGCAGCAUGGCAGGCCUCCAGGUUCUGGUCUUUGCGGCUUUAUUGGGCUGUGCCUUGGCAGUGCCACCUAUCGUUCCACCGUAUGGAUCAGCCCAGGCCCCUUCAGUGUAUUCGUACCGGUGGUCCGUGAACCCGCCAGCAUCGGCUUACAAUAAUCUGACUCAAGCUGAGGCAGAAGCAAUCUGUAAGGAGUGCAAGCCUCUUGGUAGUGGUCUUGGAGGCUUCUUUGCUGUCGAAGAUGAUCCAGUCCACUACAUUCGCUGUGUUCCGCAGGGUGACGGCUGGCAGGUGUUUGUAUUACACUGCUGUAAUAACACCAAUCAUGGCGGCAGCAGCACGGUGUGGGACCAGGAGCUUUUGACGUGUGUUCAUAACAAUAUUAUUCCCAAUUCGUACGCUUGUGAGGGGUUUAAAGAUGUCGACCCACCUGUUCCGCCGCAGUAUGUUCCAUUCUGGCCGCUGCAGUGGACCCCCAAACUGGACAGUCUGGUAGAGGACAGAGACUACGGUAAACCAGGGGGCGUUGCCGCCCGCGUGUACACGGGAGUUUAUGACCACGGCCACGUGACGAAGGGCAGCCUCUUUGUGCAAGCCACUCAGGAGACCGUCCCAACAAUCGUAUUUGAUGGCCAAAAAGUUGAUGACACCUACGCCCACAUUGAAGUCCCUUUCUUCGAGAACGCGGACUGGAGUCAGUACAGCCCCGGGUUCAGUUUCACUUUCGGUUUCUGCAUUGAUGCCAAUACUCCACUUGACGCCGCAUUGAUAACCAACGCCGACUGUAACUUUACAGCGUCUGUUGAGAUCUCACUCCAGCCGAACCCGAAUCCGAUACCAGGCCAGAGUGCAUAUCUUCUGCAGGCACUGAUACGUAGCAAAGGAAACAGUCCGGAUACUAUAUCCACCGUUUUGCCCUUCUUCCAGCCCCCUCUCUGUUACUUCGCCGGCUUCUCCUACACCCAGGCCGGGAACAAGAUGUUGUUGUGGAUGAAUGGCAACGAGGUCAUAGGGGCGGCCCAAGGGCCACCUAGACGUAUCAACCAGAACCCAUUGUUUAUCGGGUACAGUUGCUAUGGUUACCCAGACCAACAGCCGCCGCGUGCUCUUCAUGGAUCCAUGUCGUCUAUAAAGAUUUGGGGAGACCAAGCACUGGAUGCCGCGCAAAUUGAGCAAGAAUGCGUCGACGCGAAUUUCUGUAUAUUAUCGCCAUAAACUGACAUCAUGGGUGAGAUAUUAAAAAGAACGAGCUCGUCUUAUCUCUGAGAUUGGUCGAUUUUAUAUCUACCUCUUAAAGGAUAUCUGCCGUACAUUUACCUCUAGGUUUAUCUUGACUCUAUGUCAGGAAUAAAGGAAAGUUUGAAUUUC